AUGAAGAACCUGAACAAGGUGAAGCUGGUGGACGCCUCUUUCAUCUGGACCGAGCCCAUUCUCUCCCUCCCCCCCCCCCCCCUGACUGCGUACUGUGUGUGUGUGUUACUAUGUCACCCGGUAACCCGGCUGCAACAACAGCGCAUGAAGAACCUGAACAAGGUGAAGCUGGUGGACGCCUCUUUCAUCUGGACCGAGCCCAUUCUCUCCCUCCCUUUCCCCCCCCUGACUGCGUACCGUGUGUGUGUGUGUUACCAUGUUACCCUGCUACAACAACAGCGCAUGAAGAAUCUCAACAAGGUGAAGCUGGUGGACGCCUCCUUUAUCUGGACCGAGCCGCAUUCCAAGAGAAUCAAAAUCAAGGUGACAAUACAGAAGGAAGUUCUCAGUGGCGCUGUGCUGCAGCAGACGUUCGUGACGGAGUACGUGGUGGAGGAUCACAUGUGUGACGCGUGCACGCGGUCAGCUGCCAAUCCCGACCAGUGGGUGGCGGUGGUGCAACUGCGGCAGAAGGCAGAGCACAAGCGCACGUUUCUGUUUUUGGAGCAGCUUAUAUUGAAGCACGGGGCUGACGCCAACACCAUCAACAUCCGCCAGGUGCACGACGGCAUUGACUUUUACUACGCCAACCGCUCGCACGCGCAGAAGUUUGUUGACUUUGUGUCAGCCGUGGUGCCAGCUCAGCACCGCAGCGACAAGCAGCUGGUGUCUCAUGACAUCCACACGGCCUCGUACAACUACAAGUACACUUUCUCGGUGGAGAUUUGUCCUGUUUGCAAAGAAGAUCUCAUCUGUCUCCCCCCGAAAGCCGCCAACGCGUGUGGCACGGCGGCCAACCCUCUAGUCCUCUGCAUCCGCGUCUCCAACUCCCUCCAGCUGCUCGACCCCUCCACCCUGCACGCUAUCUACCUCGACUCGAACCAGUACUGGCGCUAUGGCUUUAAGCCCCUGCUCUCCUCGCGACAGCUCGUGGAAUAUGUGGUGCUUGAUGUUGAGACAGUGGGCGGCGGUGGGGGAUGGGGCGGCGGAGGGGGAGGCGGAGGCGGAGGCGGAGGCGGAGGGGGAGGGGGAGGGGGAGGGGGAGUGGGGGGAGUGGGGGGAGCGCCGCACAAGGCGGGGGUAGGGGCGUUGGGGAAGUUUGUGCUGGCAGACGUGCAGGUGGCUCGGGUGGCGGACUUUGGGAAAAAUGAUGUGAUUUUCACCGCGCGCACGCACCUGGGGCAUCUGCUUAGGCCAGGGGACUAUGCGAUGGGGUAUGACCUGCACGGGGCCAACCUCAACAGCGAUGAUCUGGCCAGGUACAGCAACAGAGCCACUCUCCCCGACGUGAUCCUCGUGCGCAAGAGCUACGAGGAGAAGCGCAAGAAGCGGCGCGGCAAGCCGCGAGCGUGGAAGCUGAAGCAGCUUGACAUGGAAGUGGAUGGGGGCGCCGGGGGAGGAGGAGCAGAGAGAGGAGAACGAGGAGGAGGUGGUGGGGCGAAGGGACGGAUCGACGAGGAGAGGGAUGCGGCGGAUAAAGAGAGGUUUUUGGAGGAGUUGGAGGAGGAUGCGGAUAUGCGGUCGCGGAUUGCUGUUUACAGGGACCCGGCUUAUGUGGCGCCGGUGGCAGGAGGAGGAGCGAGAGGAGGGGAUGAGAUGGUGGAUGCUGGGGAGGAGGAUGAGGAGGAGGAUGGGGAGGAGGUUCCGGAGAUUCCGCUGGAAGAGCUGCUGUCGGAUUUGAGGAUUGGUGGGGCGGAUGGGGAGGAGGAGGAGGAGGGAGAGGUGGGGGAUGACGAGGAUGAUCUGAUGGAGACAUGA